AUGACUGAGGAACUAAAAGAAAUUACGAAGGAAACUAGUGAAUACAAAUUGCAAAUGAAAGAAAUAAUAAGAGAAAAUAAAAAUCUAAAGCAAGAAAUGGCUACGAUGAAACAAAAGAUAGGUAAAAUAGAAAUAACCUUGGAAGCAUGUCAGAAAGAAAAGAAGAAAAAUAACCAUAUAAUGAGAGGCUUACCAAUAGACACAAUAGAUGCAGAGUAA